AGGUUCAACUUCACACUCACAGCUCUGUUUCUUUUUUUGUCCUGUGUUUAUAAAGAACACUCAGGAGGCAGCCUUUCCAGAAACGAGAACUGAGCUCUCUAUGGUUCUGUCACCGCCAGUCUGGUCUAACCAGAUUAUCAGAGGAUGAAACUGUUCUGGGCAAUUCAACUGAACAUAAUUUGUGCAACUAAAACAAACCUACUCAGAUGCAAGUAUUUUAUGUGGUUAAUACUGCUUGACCUAUCGUUAAGCUUUAUGCUUCACAGCUCUUCUGGGAAACGCUGUCAGUCUUCCGCGGGGCUGCAAAUCAGAUAGGAAAUCUCAUCCUGCUCCGAUUUCAGCAGAGAACGGCUCUGAUUUGAAGGGGUGAGGACGCAGCCAGGCACUGACCAGUUCUCCUGUGCUUCUGGUGCCUUCAGACCCUUCUGUUCAUCAUCAGAAUGGCGUAUGCCUGGUAUUGGCUUGAUGACUUGGGGCAGUGGAUUGAAUAUGGGAAAGAGCACCCGAUUUACCCCCAUGCCACAGUAAAUUCUGCAGAUCUGGAGGAGGCAUUUCUAGCUGACCAGAGAGGCACUCUGACAUUUUGUGCUGGUUCUCAGAUGUAUGAAUUAAACUUCAAAGACAUGGUCCAAAGAAAUGUGGUCUAUGCAACUCAAAGAAAAGUUAUGCGGCUGCCAAAAAAUUUGUACUCUCGACGUGAGCAGGACAAAAGCCUGUAUACAGAACCAUCAUGUUCACUUUAUCCUCCAGAAUGGGACCAAUCAGCACUGCCUGAAAUUGGGUACAAGUUGGUAGAUGUUGGCAACACUUCCAGUGAAUACAGAAGAAUUGAGAGUCUGUUUCAGAAGACGAUGAAAGACUACAGCAUCUGCCGGCUGCAGAGGAUCCAGAACCCAACCCUUUGGCAAAUUUUUCAGUGGCAGAAGGAGCACAUGAAGAAGCUCCACAAAUCAAACUGGGUGGAUGAGCGGCUUCUGUUCCACGGGACAAACGCAUCUCAUGUGCCAGCCAUCUGUGAGCAGAAUUUUGACUGGAGGAUCUGUGGCACUCAUGGGACAAUGUACGGAAAAGGAAGCUACUUCGCCAGAGAUGCCAGUUAUUCUCAUGAGUACUGUUCCUCUAGGAUCAGCCGCUACAGCAUGUUUGUAGCUCAGGUCCUUGUUGGGAAAUUUGUUCGAGGGGACUCUGAAUACCUUCGUCCUCCACCCACACCAAACAAUCGCAACAGACUUUAUGACAGCUGUGUGGAUAACCCGGAAAACCCUUCCAUCUUUGUCAUCUUUGAGAAGCUCCAGAUUUACCCUGCCUAUAUCUUGGAGUACAGCAGCAGUUCUCUAUGUGUGAUCCUUUAAUGAAUGGCAGAAUAUUCUUUGUAUUUACACUGAAACGUUUUAAUAAAUCUUUUCAUUCAUGUUUGUACAGUUUUAGAA